CAGGACGAUGGCGGAUGCCAAUGCGGCGGUCCUGCUCGUGACCGUGUCGCUGGUCGUGCUGGGGCUCGUGGCCGGUCUGAGCUGGUCGUGGGCGCUGCUUCCGGUCGGCGUGGUGGUCUUCAUUUUCAUCCUGGCGCGCGGGCUGAAGUCACGCGACGAAUUCGCUCACCUGAACGUGUGCGUGCUCGUGCUCGGGGACCUGGGACGCAGCCCGCGCAUGCAGUAUCACGCGCUGUCUCUCAGCAAGCACGGAUACAAUGUAACCUUUAUCGGCUUCCUCGGCACUAAACCUCAUCAAGACAUUCUUGAGGAUGACCGGAUCGAGAUCCUUCCCAUCUUGGAGCACAAAGGCCUCAGAUUUGGUCCUAAGAUCCUCAGAUACGUCACCAAGGUGAUCUCUCAGUCCCUGCAGCUCCUCUACGUCUUAACGAAGCUGGACGAUCAGGCCUUUAUUCUUCUUCAGAAUCCUCCGGGACUGCCGAGCAUCGCAGUGACGUGGCUGGCGAGUCGGCUGAUAGGAGCUCAGUUCGUGAUCGACUGGCACAAUUACGGGUACUCCAUCAUGGCACUCAGUCAUGGCGAGAAUCAUCCCAUCGUCAGGGUGGCCAAAUGGUAUGAACAAUUUUUUGGCCGUUUCGCCGAUCACAACCUGUGCGUCACUGACGCGAUGAGACGUGAUCUUCAGAAGAACUGGAACAUUCGUGCAUCAACCUUAUACGACAAGCCGCCCUCAAUAUUCCGAGAAACGCCAUUGAAGCUUCGCCACGAGCUCUUCAUUCGUAUGGCCAGCGCUUACCCACCAUUCAGAGGGUGUUCUGAAGGCAAGGAGGACACGGAGCUGACUGCAUUCACGGAGCUAAACACUAAAACCGGGGAGGUGACGCCUGCACCCGGACGACCUGCUCUCCUGAUCAGCAGCACCAGCUGGACCGAGGAUGAAGAUUUCUCCGUUCUUUUAAAAGCACUUAAAGAUUAUGAAGGGUUUGUAGAAGCAGGGGCCCGUCUUCCAGCGCUCGUCUGCGCCAUCACAGGAAAAGGUCCCCAGAAGGAAUAUUAUCAGAAGAUCAUCAACUCGAAAGAGUUCAGACACGUCAAGAUCUGCACGCCGUGGAUGGAAGCGGAGGAUUAUCCUGUUCUUCUGGGCUCGGCUGACCUCGGCGUCUGCUUGCACAAGUCCUCGAGCGGUCUGGACCUGCCCAUGAAGGUGGUCGACAUGUUCGGGUGUUGUCUUCCUGUCUGCGCGAUACACUUCCAGUGUUUGGACGAGCUGGUGAGGCACGAGGAGAACGGCCUGAUCUUCAAAGACUCGGCCGAGCUCUCGCAGCAGCUGGAGAUGUUGUUCUCUGACUUCCCUGAUGAUCGAGGGAAGUUGGGCGUCUUCCGAAGGAAUCUCAGAGAGAGCGGGGAGCAGCGCUGGGACGAAAACUGGGACCAACACAUCCUGCCGCUGUUUAAGGAACAUUCUGACUGAGCAGUAGUAGAGUCCGUGACGAUGAUAAUCAGAUUAACAAUAAAAGUAAUAAUAGUAAUAAUAAUAUGAAGAAGAAGAAGUGGCAGGGAUUCAUACAGGGUAAAACGUAAAAAUAUUUUUUCUGUGUGUCAUUCGAGCAAUUGCAUCGGACAAAACUUGAACAUGAAGCAAAAAGCACACUUUGUGUAAAUACGAUGUAAAUAAGCACUUUAUUACGUUCAGGAUUCAGCCAGCAGCGUGCACGUUGAUGAUUUCGAUAGAAAUCCCGUGUCGGUCGUACGGGAACACUUGACUGAUGGGAUUCGUAACAAUGCCGUGUUUCAAUCCAGCCUUUUCUGUACCAAAAAAAAAAAAAGUGAAACAAAAAACAAAACAAGCCAUCACUCUUAGUGUUACUGAUAGUGUCUUGACAAAUGCCUGUCAGUGUUGUUCUAUCGUUAUGGUUGUUGUUGUUGUGUUAUGACAUGUAUGACAUUAAAACUCAAACCCAGCUGGUUCUUGAA